AUGUCCGCAGUUGAUAGCGGUCGUGAAUCCCUUGCCGGCUUGACCCUUGAUGCCGUGUUGGGAAAUAAUAAGAGAUCCGCUCCCGGUCAAGUGAAUGCAGCCACCGCGGCGCACAUGAACAAGACCCUACUCGAUAUCAUCCGCGAUGAAGAUCCCCACCGCUCCUUGUUUGGCCAUAAGGAUAAGAAGAGCUGGAAAGCGUUCAGAGAAAGGCUUCGGCUUCGGAGAGCAGGAGCUGCGUGGACUUCCUCCAUUCAGAUCCCCACAUCCGAUCUGCCUAUCCAGAAAACCAACUAUGGAAAUGCUCCUAGAUCUAUGAUGUCUCGUCGCAACUCUGUCCGAUUCACAACCAUGUCAAAUUCUGACACCGUCGACGACCAUCCUCCUGAGUCCAAACCACAAAUGUCGCGUCGAAGUUCCAAUAGGUACGGGUCUGCAAUGACAAGUAGUCAUACAGAUGGGGAAGAGUUUGCAGUGGACACUCCUGCCGUUGGCGAUGAGAUUCCGGCUCGAAGCUUUAGACCGCAGAUGUCAAGGCGGAACUCCGUUCGGACAUCGACUCCUGGGAUGCAUGAUGAGGAGGAGGAAGCUGCACACCAUGGGAAUCGACGAGUAGGUGGAUCAUUGGUAGAGGAGAGGGUAUUGUCAGCCAGGGAGGCAAUUACAGCGCAGGAGGCUGCGGAAGCAGCUGCCGCACAAGAGGCAGCCUCUGCGGAUCAUAUUGGGGUAGCUGAGGCGGAGGAGGAAGAGGAGGAAUUUAAUGAUGUUGGGGAUGGAGAGGGUGAAGGAGAGGGAGGAAUGGGCAUGUCACUUAUGGAUUUGUUAGAGGAGACUGAUCGAGAGAUGGGGUUUGAAGGGGCAAGGUAUGUGGUAGGGGAGGACAAUGAACAAACUUACUAUGAGGAUGAUGAUGAGGAUGAAGGUGGAGGUGUUGUUGGCGGGACAGAGCAUACGUGUUGUGUGUGCAUGGUCAGGCAUAAAGGCUCUGCGUUCAUUCCCUGUGGUCAUACCUUCUGUCGACUCUGCUCAAGGGAGCUUUGGGUUCAAAGAGGGAAUUGUCCACUUUGCAAUGGUUUCAUCUUAGAAAUUCUUGAUAUCUUCUAA